AUGUACUUGGACCCCGAGUCGCCCGCGGCAACGCCUCCAGAAGGCGUGACUCCCAACUUUGAUGACCCCCCAAAUGGAAAUUCUGGCGUCGUAGCAUUUACCAUCAUCUGUCUCGUCUUGGCGACGCCGGCUUGCUUGAUCAAGAUAUAUGCCAAAGGCGCCAUCAUCAAGAAAAUAGCGGUUCAGGAUGUGCUCCUCAUCAUCGGUUAUGGGUUUACCAUCGGAAUGAUCUGGGCCGGAUUCAGAGUAUGGAAACUCACAGGCUUCUUUAUCCUCCAGUACAAUGUCAAGAUGGGCAGGCUACUCCCAAGUAUCCGCGUGCUAUAUCUCUUCGUAAUAUUCUAUGCCGUCACUAUGAUGACGCUGAAGACGGCUAUCCUCAUGGAAUACGUGCAAAUAUUCGUGCCGAGAACGAGAAACAGAUUCUUCUGGAUCUGCUGGACAUUGAUCGCGGUUGUCUGCGCAUACUACAUCGCCUGCAUCGUUACGAUCAAUUUCGUCUGCACGCCAGUCCAGAGAAACUGGGACAGAACCGUCGAGGGAACAUGCGGCGACCGAAGUCUUUACAAGUAUCCUGCCAUCUUCAAUCUGGUCCUUGACCUCGUGAUUCUAGCCCUCCCGCAACGCAUCAUAUGGAAGCUGAAGAUGCAUAAACGUCGCAAGAUUGGGCUUUCCAUACUCUUUUCGUUUGGCAUUCUGGCCUGUGUCUGUGCCGCAGUUCGGAUCGACUACACGAUCAAGUCAAUCGUCAGCUACGAAGACAACAUCACGUAUAGCUUUGGGCCGUCGUAUUUGCUGUGUUUGGCGGAGGCUCUUUGCGCCAUCCUUAUCCUCACCAUUCCUUCUUUCCCCAAAGCUUUUGGCGACUCGUCUAUAUCUCAAGCCUUCAAGCGACAUUUGCUGUCAUGGAUAAACACCCUCACUGGGUCUUCCAAGGAUGGAUCGGCCACCUCAACCAGGCCAAGUGGAAGCAGUUUCAACCCCAAGGCGUCAAUACAAGUUCUCGGCACGUAUCAAAGGAUGUCCGACACAGAGCUGUCCAUCCCUUUGAACACCGUGCCACCUAGAAGCCCCUCCGGAUAUUCACCCCAGGGCCAAAAAGGCCAUCGGCUGCCAGAAAUUCUGUGCACGACUGAGAUCAGGACGGAUAUCAGCACCGAAGCUCCAAAUGAGUCCGCCAAUUGGACCCCGAGCCCGUAUUCUUGGAGUGUCCAGCCCGGCAGACAAUAA